AUGAGGUACUGUUUUCUGAUUAGCAAUACAAGUUCUAAGGCGUGUCCUCUGGUCAUAAGUCUCGUGUUAAUCCUGAACGGAGUGUUUAUCUCUGCGGCACAAGUCAAUUUGUUGAAUAAGGUUCACAUUGUCCAUUUGGGAGCAAAGAAACAUGAUACUCCUGAGCUAGUUACUAAAUCACAUUACCAAGUUUUGGAACCAAUUCUUGGAAGCAAAGAAGCUGCACAGAAAUCUAUAGUAUACAAUUACAGGCAUGGUUUCUCCGGGUUUGCAGCAAAACUUACCGCGUCCCAAGCAAAGAACCUUUCAGAAACUCUAAAUAAAUUAAUAUUGAUUUGUUAUCUAUCAGCGCAUCCAGAGGUUCUUUGUGUUAUACCAAGUCGAACACUGAGGUUGAAAACAACAAGAACAUUCGAUUACUUAGGACUUCUACCUAGUUCUCCAAAAGGUCUUCUACAUGAUACCCGUUUGGGUAGUGAAGCUAUUAUCGGCAUCAUAGACUCAGGGAUAUGGCCAGAGGCAGAGUCAUUCAAGGACACAGGUCUAGGACCGAUCCCGCAACGUUGGAAAGGAAAAUGUGUGUCCGGGGAUGGAUUUGACGCCACGAAACAUUGCAACAAGAAGCUUAUAGGGGCUGAGUUCUACGUUGACAGUCUUGCAGCAGAGACGGACGGACGAUAUGAUUUCCAUGCAGACAAUGAGUAUAGAUCGGCUAGAGAUGGUGUAGGCCAUGGCACACAUGUGUCUGCGAUAGCAGCUGGUUCUUUUGUGGCGAACGCAAGCUAUAAAGGACUUGGUGGAGGAGCCGCUAGAGGCGUGGGUCCUCAUGCACGUAUAGCUAUGUACAAGACCUGCUGGGGAAAACUUGGAUGUCUCACACCUGAUGUACUCAAAGCAAUAGAUCAUAGCAUACGUGACGGGGUUGAUGUUAUAUCGAUUUCCAUCGGUGCUGACGCACCUGCCGGUUUCGAAAUUGAUACAAGCGAUGUAUCAUUUGGUUCAUUCCAUGCAGUGAUGAAAGGCAUUCCCGUUGUCUGUUCUGCUGGAAACGAGGGACCGAACGCUCAAACUGUUGAUAAUAUUGCUCCAUGGAUCAUAACCGUAGCUGCUACAUCCAUGGACCGCUCCUUCCCUGUCCCCAUCACUCUUGGAAAUAAUAUAACAAUCCUUGUAUGAUCACUUUCUCUUGAUUUCCAUAUUAUUUUUAUUUUAUGAUUUUCUUUUCAUUUUUUUACUAUGAUUUUUUUAUAAGUAUUUUUUUUUACUAUGAUUUGUGACUUUGUUCUCGUGGACUGUUUCAGGGUGAAGGUUUAAACACAUUCCCUGAAGUUGGAUUUACUGAUCUUUUAUUACAAGCGGAAUUGAUGGAAACCUCAAUCGCACAAGGGCAAAUUAAAGGAAAAAUCGUGCUUGCGUUUACUCCAAACAAUGAAGCGAUACAAAAGGCAGACCGUGUAUUGAAUGCUGGAUGUGCUGGCAUCAUCUAUGCACAAUCUGUAGUUGAUCCUACGAUUUGCAGUGGCCUAGAUGUUCCUUGCGCCGUUGUAGAUUACGAAUUUGGAACUGACAUGUUAUACUAUAUCGAGACCACCGAGUAAUAAAUUAAUGUUCACCAACGUUUUUAAUAUCAUCAUCACUUUUCUGUUUAUGACAAAGUAUUUUGACUUUGCAGUGUGCCUUUAGCAAAGCUAAGCACUUCCAAGACUCUUGUUGGUCGGCCUGUUGCAUCUAGAGUGGCUCGUUUCUCUUGUAGAGGACCUAAUUCAGUUUCCCCAGCAAUUCUAAAGGUUUGUCUCUUAUUAUUAUUUUUUUGUUGUUUCUUCAAAUAUAUUGAUGCUCAAAGUUAAUAGUAUUUGGUACUCUGCUGGAUAAUAAUGCAGCCAGACAUAGCAGCACCGGGUGUUAACAUUCUUUCUGCUGUACCUGAUGGGUAUAAGUUCAUGUCGGGAACAUCAAUGUCAACUCCUAUUGUGUCAGGAAUCGUUGGGCUAAUCAGACAAACCCGCCCUGACUGGUCUCCUGCUGCAAUCCGAUCCGCUCUUGUCACAACAGGUUCUCACUCUAAAACCAUACCCAACCAUAGGAUUUUCAAUCCGUAUUUUAGUUUAUUUCCAUGUAACCGGUUCUUGGGUUGAAAAGAAAAUACUUACGUAAAUUAACACAUAAUAAUCUACUAUGGAUCAACUUGGUGUUCUCUCUUUUUGUUUAGGCUUUCAUUUUUUGUUAUGUUAAGAUUAUAUUGGUUCGACUUAUACUAAAUAUUUCGAAAAGACACUAAACAUCUUUAGUUGCUCCGUUUUCUCUUAUUGAAAUGAAGCAUGGAGGACCGAUCCAUCUGGAGAGCCUAUAUAUUCAGAGGGAGCAACACGGAAACUUGCUGACCCGUUUGACUAUGGAGGAGGACUGAUCAACCCAGAGAAAGUCACAGACCCUGGACUUGUUUACGACUUGGGUUUGGAUGACUAUAUUCAUUACUUGUGUUCUGCGGAUUACUCUGAUAAUGAAAUUUCCCAACUAAUUGGGAAACUUAAUCAAUGCCCUUCGCCAAGGCCUUCUAUGCUCGACUUCAACAUGCCUUCGAUCACAAUCCCAAGUCUCACUGGAGAGGUCACCGUGACUAGAACAGUAACGAAUGUUGGAGCGGCUGGUUCGGUUUACAAACCCGUUGUUGAGCCUCCUUUUGGAAUAGAGCUUGAGGUGAAUCCAAAGACUCUUGUGUUUGAUUCCAACACAACGAAGAAUACAUUUAGUGUGAGAGUGAGGUCGAAUCAUAAAGUGAACGGGGACUUUUAUUUUGGGAGCUUGUGUUGGACCGAUGGAGCUCACAACGUUACUAUUCCUGUUUCCAUCAGGACAAAGAUCCUGAGGAAUUACGUUUAAUCAUUUUUCACUUGUAAUUAUAGUUUUUACCAUGGUAUGUUUCUGGAUCUUGAGAUUCUUUUACUAAUAAUUCAGAUUACAGUAUAUUUGGUUUAAACAUAUAUAUAAGAAAUAGUCAAUUUGCCAAAUAGCUAUAUUGGGUACCAAAUCAAACUAAUACGCAUACUAGUCCAGUGUUACAAAAAAUAGAGCAUACCAAUCCAAUAUUUAAGUCUAUAGACUAUAAGUAGAAGGAUUUUAAAACCAUGUUAAAUUUUCAGUUCUAAAUUGUUUGUAUCUAUCAUAUAAACCAUGAUAACUAUCUUAACAUCUUUCACCAAAAAAAAAAAACCUGAUAACUAUAAAAGCUCUUCUGAAUUGCAUACAUAUAGUAUGUGCAAUACACAACACACGCUUAGAGAAAACACUAUAUAUAUAUAUAUUUUUGGUCAAAAGAAAACACUAUAUUUAAAGUUUGAAGUUAUCCCAAGAUCAAGAAAGAAAAAAUAAAUGCAUCUUUAUUAUCAUAUUACACACAGAUAAACCCACAUCCAUAAACUUAACAAAAAAUAUAAGAAAUGGAAAAAUGAAAAGGGAAUAAUGGACCACCGAUGUGUGAACAAAGAUAUGAAAAGGUUGAAUUACAUAUAUCUUAGUGCUCAAAAUUUAUCCUUACAUUCUUUUUGCUCCCUUUAAUCUUUAUAAAAGCCUAUAGAUACAGACACAUACAUAUAUGUGCGUAUGCAUAUAUAUAGGUGGUUGCCAUGCUUACCCAACCAUCUGUCCUCAACUUUCAAUAACAUUUACUCUCUCAGACGGUAGACAAAGACAGAGAGAUAGACAAAAGAAACAGAGUAUAUGCUCUGUUUUGUUCAUUGAUAAAAAAAAAUAGUGU